AUGGCCGAACAGACCGAGGCUUCAGUGAAGCACGCCGAUCCCUACAAAGAGGCCAACGCCGACGAGGAUGUGCCGUUAGAUCAGAAAGUCCAAGACCUCAGCAACUUCAUGACGCAUUGCAAGUUUGGGAUGAUGACCACUCGGGACGCCGGUUCCGGAAACUUAGUGUCAAGGUGUAUGGCGCUGGCCGCUCAGGAAAGCGGCGGCAUCGACCUCCUGUUCCACACAAACACCGAGUCGGGCAAGACGGUUGACAUUGCCAGCGAUUCGCACAUCAACAUCAGCUUCCUCAACUACGCGGGUGACUGGGCAUCGGUGAGCGGCACAGCCAAUGUGGUCACCGACCGGUCUCUCGUCCAGAAGCAUUACAGCCAGCACCUCAAGGCUUGGCUGGGAGACCUGGGCGACGGCGUCCAUGACGGCGGGGUAAACGACCCUCGCAUCGGCAUCAUCCGGGUCCAGAUGACUACGGCGCACUACGCCAUCUCUUCCAAGAGUAUAAUCGGGCAAAUGGCCCAGGUUGCCCAGGGGGUGGUGACGGGGAAGCCAGCGUCGGUGAACAAGUUGCGUGAGAUCAGUGCCACCGAGGUCAUCCAGUGGAGAUCGUCUCACUAG